CCAAGCACGACGACCUGCCCCACGAUCAGUCAAGAUGGGUGCCCUUAAAUAUGUUGAGGAACUUCAGAAGAAGAAGCAGUCGGAUAUGAUGCGCUUCUUGAUGCGCGUGCGCUGCUGGGAGCUUCGCCAACUCAACGUCAUCCACCGUGCCAGCCGCCCAUCUCGCCCGGAUAAAGCCCGCCGUUUGGGAUACAAGGCCAAGCAGGGCUAUGUUAUCUACCGCGUCCGAGUCCGCCGUGGUGGUCGCAAGAGGCCUGUGCCAAAGGGUGCUACUUAUGGCAAGCCUACCAACCAGGGUGUAAACCAACUGAAGUACCAGCGCUCUCUCAAGUCCACAGCCGAGGAGCGUGUCGGUCGCCGUUGCGCCAAUCUCCGCGUGCUCAACUCGUACUGGAUCAACCAAGACUCGACCUACAAGUACUAUGAAGUCAUCCUCGUCGACCCUCAGCACAAGGCCAUCCGCCGUGAUCCCCGCAUCAACUGGAUCGUCAAGCCCGUCCACAAGCACCGCGAGAGCCGUGGUCUCACUGCCACUGGCAAGAAGAGCCGUGGCUUGGGCAAGGGUCACUCAUACAACAAGACGACUGCUGGCAGGAGGAAGACGUGGAAGCGACACAACACCCUCUCUCUCUGGCGCUACCGCUAGGUGGGGUGAGUGGGUUGGCCGUUUUAUGGACCUGGUGGUCAAACUCUCAUGCGAACAGAAUGGAGUGGAUGGAAUACUGUUUGGUAGGCUCCAUAGUCGGUCCAAGGGGCUGGUAAGGAAUUUGCCUUGCCCUAGCAUUUGCUGGGCCAAAACCGAAUGGAUUUAGCAUUUUCAGAA